UAUGGGUAAUUAAUAAAAGCAAAAAUCUAUUCUAGAACUUUGGAAUGAACAUUGUUUGAAUAAGAGCAAACAAUUAAAGAAUCAAAGUUUUAAAGAAUAUAAACCAGAAAUAAUACGGAAAAAUGCAAUUGAAGUUUUAGAUUAAGCAGUUCAUUAAGAUCAUCUAUAAUCAUAUAAGGAAGAUCUUAAGAAAUUCUUACUCAAUAUGGAUCCAUAGAAAUAUGCCUAAUAGUUAGCAAUUUCUGUUUAUCUAAAUCAUAGUAAGGAAUCCUCUUUCUAUAAAAAGCUUAAGCAGCAUAAUUUUUGAUUCCUUAAGUUAACAAUCUAAAAGAAGAGUUAAUUUAUAAGUAGAUUGCAGAUCACCAUCUUAUUAAAGAUUUGAUGAAUAUAUGGAGUGAAAUAUUUAGUGAGAAAUAUUCAAUAUUUUAAAAUUAAAAAGAAAAGGAAUAUUUAGUUAGAUUAAUAUAAUCAAAAGAUUUUGUUUAUUCUUCACUUUGUGAUGAUAUUAAAUACUUCAUUGAAUAUUUGGAAUAGAUGUUAAGAUUAAUAUAUGAGGUUUAAAAUAGAGAAAAGUUUAAAUAAUUAUUAAUAAAAAUGAUCUUUUAGAAUUAAAAUAUAAAGAAAAUUAUAGUAGAUACUUUUGAAAUUUAUAGUUUUGAUAAAACCUUAAUAUUCAAAAAGAAACUACAUAAUUAUAAAAAUAUUUCAUUGGCUGAAUUAAAAGUACCUGAAUAAUAUUAUUCAGAUUAUUAAAAUACAAUAAAUCAAUUAUAAGCAAUUUUAUAAAUUGAGAAUCCUUGUGAUAAAUUUGAUUUAUUUUCUAAAUUAGAAUAAUCAAUGAUAAAAGACAUAAAAAAAGAAGGUAAUUCAUAAAUUUUACUUGAAUUAGAUAAGUAUUAUUAUAUUUUAAAAUAGUUAAAUAGGAAUAUUGACAUUUUGUAUUUUCAAGAUUUAAUCUGAAAAAUGGGUGUGUUAAUUAAAUUUUAUAGAAAUGUUUUUAGGUGCUGAAAUGACAUAUAAUUAAGGUAGAGAAUCAGCUUAAUUUUCUAAUGUAUUAAGUGCUAUUGAAUAUAUAAUGAGUGAUAAAUUUUGA